AUGUGGCAGGGCAUUUUGACUUCGUGCAACAAAGCCUUUGCUCGUCUGAAUGACUGGUGCAAGCGUGAGGAACACUUCCAGGUUCGCUGCCUUUGGCCUGAUGCAUCUGUCGAAGAGAAAUCCCGGCAGUCGGCAUUGACCAGCCAAGCCCUUGCAGCUGCAACGGCUCGGGUGGCGGAUGCAGCAGACUCGUGCCCCAAGCAGACGGUCGUGACAGUGUCAGUGCCUGAGGCCGAGUCUGACGCUGACUCGUCGACUAGUGGCUCCAGCAGCACAAGCAGCAGCAAUGAGGACAGCGAGGACGACGUCGGGACCAAGGCUGCUGAGAAGACUGGGUUGUCAACUCAAGACCGAGUCGCUUUGGAAACGAACAUCCAAGAUUGGGUAGGCAAGAAAGCUCCUGAGACCAAUGUCUGUUCCAGUUCCAGCAAGCUUGCCAAGGCAUUGUCCGUGUCAGUGUCAGUGGUCAUGCUGUCGCUGUCGCUGAAGAAACAGGGCGGCGAGGUUUUCUGGCACGGCUGCGGUGAGAGCGAGUUGUGGAUGCAGAUGAUGGCUGGUAAAUCCAUCCACGGAAGCACCGUGGGCCAGAGGAGCCAGUUGUCAGCAUGCGCAGCGUGGGUCUUUUCAGCCCACGUACUGCUUCGUGAAGACCUGCUGGACGUUUCGCACGCUCUGCGGAUUCUUUCUGAAAGCUUCGGGCCCCUUCUCUGGGGUCUUCCACAGUCGGCUGCUUCUCAUUUGAAGGCCCCGCCUCCAGAGAUGUUCCACUCGCCCUCGCCCGAGAACCUGCUCAAGCAGUACGAGGCUCUGAGGGACCUGGCAAGGAGAAUCUCAACCGCCGCCGAGUACCAAGACCAGUUUGACGACUUGGAGGAGUGGCAAGAGUGGGAUGAGAGGCUGCAUGCUGCUUUGAUGCGUAGCAAAUACCAGCACUGCAAAAAUUGCUGGCACGUGCUGCGCCUGUAUCACAGGCUUUAUGCGUGGGGCUUCAGUUCAGAGUCGGUGUGCGAAAGUGCAACAUCGAUCAUGCGCUAUGUGGAAAAGAAACAUAGCGUGGGCCGAAGCUUCAAGACCCAGUCACUGGUGAACAGCACGCUGCUGCGGUUCUACGGUGUUGAUGGGCGCCCUGAGAGCUGGCCCUGCGUGCUGAAGAUCAUGCACUCCUACUUCAGUCGCAGAAAACAAGGGGCAAGCUCGCUGCACUUCUUCGUUUGCCAGAAAACUCGGAGACGGCGACAGCUGCAGGCCAAAGAAGGUGUCUUGGGGCCCAGCCGCGCCUUGCAGUCCCAUCGCGAGAAGGAGAGGCAGCGUGGCAGUCGUUUUCGAUGGCUGUCAAAGGCGUCUCUGCUCUGGAACCCCGCAAAGAAGGUGUCAAAGUCAGUGAUCAAGGGGCUUCAGAUGGAUGAUACGAGAGAGCCUGACGAUUUCUUCCCCGAGGUUUGGGACGUUGUUCUUCCGGCCUUGCAGAAUCUGACCGCUGCAGCGAGCGCAGCAAAAGCCUCAGUUUCGGCCUCAG